AAAGCGUUGCUUGUGCCGAGCCUGGUAACUUCCUAUUUUGUUACAUCCCUUCGCUGUCGCGAGGAGGCAGGGGUCCCCGUGAGGCGAAACGCCCGUUCUGCUGCUGCGCACUUGCUACCCAUACUUACUGAAAAGGAAAUGUGCAACUGUCUGAUUUGGAUGUUCGUCCUGCUCUGCAGCUGUAUAGCAGAUGAAAAAUCUAUCAGAGAUGCUGACAUUUUUCCUUCAUCUCCUGAAAUUGAAAGAGGAUCCACCCUGAAACUAUUUUGUAUUCUUGGAAAACGCUACACACCUCACAGAAAUGCAAGCCACAUCAUCUGGAAAUUGAAUCAUGAAUUGAUUUCUCAGGAAAACUAUAACAUUGUGAAUGAGACUGUAUCUAGUAUAACCAUCCAUAACUUCACAUACAGCAAAGCUCAUGUGAAAUGUUUCACUAAGUACUUGGGCAAGGAACAACUUUUGGUUCACACUGAAGUUAAAUCUGGCUUUCCACCCGACACACCAGGAAAUAUUUCCUGUAUUUAUUACUUUGAUGCUGAACUUGCCUGCACCUGGACUUCAGGAAGAGAAACAAAUCUUACGACUAACUAUACUCUUUACAGAAAAGUGAUGACAGAAGGAAGGAUCAGUUCUCCAAAUACAGGGGAUUCCUGCCAAAGCAAAACGGAGUCAUGUUCAUUUUAUUAUCCAGAUGCUUCCUAUAGUGGUUCUUUUUGUUUUCAGGUGAAAGCUGAAAAUGUUUUGGGUGAAGCCUCAUCAGAUUGUGUUCCUAUGCCUAUGGGAAAAAUAGAGAAAUUUGAUCCUCCUGAAAUACUUUCAGUUCAAAAAAUCCCUGGUAUAAAGCAGUUGCUUACAGUAACCUGGAAAAUGCCUGAGAAGAUCAUCCCUUCACAAGAUUUAAUUUGCCAGGUUCAAUACAGAAACUUGUAUUCAAACUCUUCGGAAUUUGUCACUGUCUCACUGAAUUCUGCAGAGAAAACAGGAUCAUGUAAUCUCACAGGUCUGUGGGACUCCACAGAAUAUUCAGUUGCCAUUCGGUGUAUCAGUGUUGUGUCAAUAUUCUGGAGUGAAUGGAGUAGAGUGAAAACAGCAAGCACAGAAGAGAAAGCUCCUUCAGAAAAAGUCGAUUUGUGGAGGGUGAUUGAGUCUUCACACUCAGCUGGAAGUAGAUCUGUACAUCUUAUGUGGAAGCCAUUAAACAGCUUUCCGCCUUCUGGGAGAAUUCUAGGCUACAAAAUACAGUAUUUUCCAGAAAAGAAUGCUGCAUUUAAAAUGACAAACAUCUCUACCAAUAAGAAAAUUACUUUACUUUUAAAUGAAGAGGCAUACAUAAUAUCUAUUACUGCCUACAACUCUGCUGGAAAUUCUCCUGAAGCUAUUUUGAGGAUUCCAUCCACUGAUGAAAAAACCUCUCAGAUUAUUGAAACAGUGAGGACCUUUACAACAAAUGAAGAAGUGGUUGUAAAGUGGACCACCUCCGAACCAGCAGAAACUGAAUAUGUAAUUGAGUGGUAUGAGGACUUAGAAACAGAUCCUUUUAGUAGAUCAUGGCAAUACGUAUCAAAUUCUACAAACUGGAAAACUAACAAAAAAAACUUCAAGCCAUUUGUAUGCUAUAACAUCUCAGUAUAUCCUCUAUAUGGAAAUAAAGUAGCAGCUCCAUAUUCCAUACAAACUUAUGUUCAAGAAAAAAAGCCAUCAGAAGGACCUGUGGCUGACACAGGCAUUCCGGGGAAGAAUGAAGUUACAAUAAAAUGGAAGGAGAUUUCAAAGGAGAAAAGAAAUGGAUUUAUCAGUAACUAUACAAUAUUUUAUAGACCUGAAGACGGAAAAGAAUUGAGUGAAACAGUGAACUCUGAUGUUCUGCAAUACAGACUGACGUCCUUACAGGCUGAUACGCAGUAUACUGUCUAUAUAACGGCAAGCAAUGAAGCUGGUGGAACCAGUGGAGAGCCAAAAACUUUUAAGACGUUGAAAUUCAAUAAAGAAGAUGUGAUUUUCAUUGCUCUACCCAUUGGAUUAAGCAUGUUGUUUCUGUUAUGCCUUUGGAUAACAUGCAUUUUGAAAAAACAUGCGUUUAAAAAGGUUUGCUGGCCUGAUAUACCCAAUCCUGCGGAGAGCAUUGCAGUAGAAUGGCCUCUUGAUGCACCUAUGAAUAAUUCAUUUUUGAAGGCAGUGACAUCUGAGACUAAAACCAUUGACUUUGAAGAUGUAAGUGUUUUGGAACAUUGUUUUCCUGAAGGAAGUCAGGAAGGAUCACUACUAAUGAACUGUGAAAACCACGUUUCUGAAUGUACUGAUAUUAAUACAGAAAGCAUGAUUAAUGGAGGCAAAAAGAUACUGUAUAAUGAAGAAAAUGAAGUUGCUAAAUGCUUUUCACCAUCCAUGACUUACAUACUUACCGAUCAAGAUAUCAGAAGUCAAAUGCUUCCAGUUUUGAUGCCAGUGAAGGAAAUCCAACCCCUGGAAAUGUUGGAAGAUGAUUUAUGUGGAUCCCAACAGACUUCAACUAAAAAUGAAAAUAAUAAUGACGUUUUAAAGCUGCAAGAUUUCAGUGAAAAAACACUGUUCAAUCCAUACCUUAAAAAUUCUGUUAAAACAAGGGAGUUCCUUAUCUCCAAGAAUUUGGCAGAACACAGUAAGAAUGAACCCAAAAGCCAGUUAACUGUCUUACCUCCUCUUCAACAGAAGGUCUCAGGACAAUCCUACGUAACACUGGACAUGUUCGGGCUGGCCACAGCUCAUUAGCGUGAGAAAAGUUUCCUCUCUCAACUCCCCUUGUGAGAUCUGUCUUGGCACUGAUGCUCACAUGUAUUCAUAUGUACUAGCCUGGCUGAUCUCAGUUAAUUGGGAUGAAAACACCCCCUUCCUUUGAACAGCUGUGAAGUAAAUUUUUGCACUGUGUUCAUACCCAUCAGGGUUCACUUCCAGUGUGAGGUCAGGUUUUUUGUUUGUUUGUUUGUUUGUGUUGUUUGUUUGUGUUGUUUGUUUGUUUGUUUUUUAACAGAUAGAUGUACCAGUAGUGAGGCAAAGGGAUUAGCUUUUCUUACUUCUCCCAUAUCAAUCUCCUAAAACAAACUUGCCUUUACUGUGGGAGCAUCUGGCAGUGCAAGCAGCUCACCGAUUUCCCACUGGGCACCCAGUUCCCGUGGCUGAGCUCUGCUGGGGAAACGUGGUCUGGCUUGGACAGAGCCAGGGUCUGCCGAAUUCUUCCUUAAGUUACGUGGAGUAGAACCACUUUCCUGUUCUUAUUUCCCUCGAUUGUUUUGUAUCUGCUUUUAGGUAUAGUGUUCCUCCUGUUUCGCAAAUACUUGGUAGAUUUCAGUAAUUGUCUUUUUGCAUCCUGACGCUUGAAUCAGUGGUUUGGCUCAUAGUUUCUCCAUCUCUAAUAAGGUGGUAUUUGUUAUGUAUAUACUAUUGACUUACCUACAUUUUAGAAGAGAGAGGGUUAUGCUGGCUUUGUUGCUUCUUUCCCUUUCUCUUAUGUUUUUAAUCAUGCUCUCCAUUUUGUGCUGCUUUUCUUUCUCCUGUUUGUUUGCUGCUUUAUACAACUGUUUACUGCAGGAUAUCUUCUUAUCUUCUUGUCCUUUUGCCUCUAAUUUCUUCCAGUUUAAAACCAUGUUUCCCAUUUGAAGUUUUGAUAUUUUGAACUGAAAAAAAAAUUUAACUAAAUACAGCAUCUUGUGUUGGAAUAAGCACUGAGUUUCUAUUUAGGAAAUUAUUUUUGUGGGAGAUACUGUAAAAAACACUAAGUCUACAAAAUAUCCCCAGAUAUCCUUUGGUAACUGAUUUAGGAUUAGAGAUUCCUGUAUGAAGCUAUAACUUUUGUAAUUUGUUUUAUGAUUUUGCUAAGUCAUAAAAGUACUCGUAGUUUCCAUUUUAUACAGCAUCAGUUAAGCAGGAAACUCUCUAUCACACUAUUUUUUUUUUUUUUCAGCAGCAAAGAGGCUAUUAUGGUAAAAUUCUUACCAAAAUGUUUACUUUGUUAAAUGACAGGUUAAAAGAAAAGAGGUGGGGAGUCAACUCUAAGUAAAAUGUGUUGAAAGGGAGUGUUCAGUAUGGCACAUGUGUGGUGUAUGGCAAUUUUAAGACUUUAAACUAUUUUCAGAGUGUUUAAAGGCUUGAUGUCAUCAGUCUUGUUGACACAUAACUACAGACUUCUUUAAGGGUGAAAUAGAUAUAGGAGUUAUGGGGAUAGAAAAAGGAGAGACAAAUGUAAAUAGGAAUAGAAAGCCUUUCCUUUCUAUUGAGGAGGAGUAGUGGGAGAACAGAAAAUAUAUUGUCCAGCAUGAAUGAAAGGGCUGAGCCUGGAUGUGUUGGCUAUUAUUUGCGUUGUAUUGGGGAAGAUGAUAAAAUUUGCAUUUGGGCUUUUCAUCUAUAGUUUGGAAGCUGCUUUUACUUAUGGCAGUGUUUAUUUAGUUUCUAAGAAAGGAUGAGAAGACAAUUCCUGCAAACAUUCCUUGUACAGCAACACUGAUUUUCAGCCUGUCCCACUGAGUUUGCUGGAUCACUUUCCCAAUCACAGUGCUAUAAGCCAAAAUGUAUGUAUGUAUGUACGUAUGUUUGUUCUUAGAAGCCCUUGCUUACUCAGAUUAGUCAUGCUCUAAAAUGAGCAUGGGACACAGCUUUGGUUGGUUCAGUGCUCCUGCUGCUUCACUUGCUUCUGGACUUCUCACUCACAGCUAUGUUACGGUUCCCUAGGAUUCAGAAGUCACUGACUCAGACACAGCAGGUUUUUUUCACCUUAAAUCUCAGUAUUUGUUUUAAUACCGCAAGAUUUAAAGCAAAUCCAGAGAUAUUUUGGGGCCUGUCUAGGAAUUGUUUAGCAGCAAUAUGAAAGCUGCAUACUCUGAGUUGCAUGAUUGAGUCAGCUAGAAAAUAAAAACAGUGCAGUCUUUAAGGAGUCAUUAGAAAGGGGAGGUUCUUCCUGGGUGGUUUGGGUAGGAUGUCCCUGAAACAACUUGUUGCUUAUAGAGGGUAAGUAAUAACCUGCUUUGCUAUCCCAUUUUAUUUCAUUCUCUAUUGCUACUCAGCUUUUCUGUCCUCACUUCUGAAUUCCUUGUCCAUUAUUUUCUCUGAAAAGAGUAAUGCUAUAAGUGGGCUUGGUACAUCUCAGAAGUUAGGGCUGCCUUUUGCCUAUGCUUUGGAACAUCAGCUUCUUGGACUUGGUUUGUUUUACAUUCAGAGUUGUACUCUUUCUGACUUUUUACAAUUUGUCUUUCAAACUAAUGCUGUGAACUAUUAAAAAAAUAAAACUGAGAG